CCCAGACCGUCCCUCCAGGUUGUAUCCCAUGUCCUCUUCAUCAGCUGCAUCAUUGGCGCUCCUCUGAGAAUAUGGCGACCGAGCGCUCCUUGGGCGCUCUUUUGCGUUCGCUGCAGUCAUCAUCCGACCUUCAGGAUGUCUUCACGUUGCUUCCCACGGCGACAAGUCUCUUGUCCGUACUUGGUAACCCCUUGAACAUCACCCUCCUUGCAUCGCGGCUGCUGGCAGCUCCAGCAAUAUGGGAAGAUUCCGUCGAUCUCCUCACCUGUCGAAAGAUUCUCAGCGUCUUCAACACUGCCGCCAUUGCUAUCGUACAAAGUGAAGCUUCCGAUGAUCCGAGGAUACCCUCCACCAAGCCCAGGAAGAUCGAGCGCGAGGACUGGGUUAAAGCUGUUGUCAAUGGAGCGGAUGAGAAGUCACCACGAUGGCGGCACACAAUCCUAAUUGGGGGGAUUCUGCUAGGGUUCGAAGGUCAAAAUAGACAAGCAUUGCCGUGGCAUGUUCGCCGAAAGCUGGAGAGGGCCCUCGUGACGGCGGCGCAGCUUGCACUUGAAGAGUUGGAUCCUCGGAACGAGUUGGAUGGUCGCUGUGUCACAAUGGUCCUGAACUACUGCUUCGAACUCCUAUCGGAUUCCGAGAAGAACAGGCUGGACUAUGACCGUUGGCUACCCGUCAUGGUCAAUUCGACCUACGCAUCACCGGAAGGCCUGGAGGGAGGGUACUUCUUAGGCACUGUUGAUAAGGACGUGGUGGAAGCACCCGGAAAGCAGUUCCAGUGGUCAGCACAAUCCGACACAUUCGCCCGUAUAUCGGCGAUAUCCUCCAGUCCUCUUGUGUCCGCACUAGGUCCACUUUCCCGUCUCAUGGCGCAUGCAAUAGAGAACGUCAAAGACCCGGGCCUAGUCGCUCAAACUUUGGAUCAUAUCACAGAUUUUGUGCGUACGCUGAUGGUGCAGUGGCGGCUAAACAAGUUGUCGGAGGUCGACCGAGCGGAAGAAGCGGAAUUCCUUGACCCUGAGUCGUUGAAGACCACCAUCCCAAGCCUUUGGAGGCUACUCCGUAACUGCCUAUAUUCCAUCGUGAUCGUUCUACGGGCUGUUCUGGGAAGAGUGAUUAAUGACCAUGUGCUGGCUGCUCAUCGAAGCGCGCCGUUUUUAUCGAUGCAGGCUCUCCAUAUCCUGCGGAAUCUUUAUUUCAUAUCCUCUCGCAUGGGUCAGAACGCUUCUUCGCAGCACAUGUUUGUGACUCUGGCGGCUGUGGAUAUCCUCGCACACUAUCCGGACCUAGCUGAGAAUUUCCUGAGGAGUAUUAAGCCCAGUGAACUUGGGCAGAUUCCUGACCAUCCCAUCGAGAGGUGUCUGGAUCUAUUCUUCCUCAACACUUCCGAACUUUUCACACCUGUACUGUCCCCGCCAUGCAGCGAAGAACUGAUCAUCGCAGCCGCGGUCCCAUAUCUCCCUGCGGGAGGAAACAACCACCUUCUGGAGAUCUUUGAGGCUGCCCAUAGCGCGGUCCUAGCAGUUUUCGCUAUCCCGGAAAAUGCGGCCAUAGCUGCCAAGCAUCUUCCGUUUUACAUCGACAAUCUCUUUGCCGUAUUUCCGGACAACCUGUCAGCCCGACAGUUCCGUCUGGCUUUCAAGACCGUAAUCCAGGUCACUGCGCCGCCGUCACCCAUCGCGAACACACAACGUCUCCUACCGUCUAUCCUGCUCGAGGUCCUCUAUGACCGAGCAUUACACGCAUCCGACCAAUUGCUCCCCCAGCCGUCGCAAGGCGAAGGCCCUGACCUGGGAAAAUCCCCGCCUGUCUCAGAACAAGCAGCCCUGACGCUCGCUCUCAUUGACAGCCUCUGCUUCCUACGCGUCGAAGACCUCGAGGAAUGGCUUCCUCUCACAGGGCAUCUGCUCCACGCGAUCACCGGGCCUGGCAUGCACAAGCUCUGCGUGGAACGGUUCUGGGAAGCGCUGAGCAGCGGCGAAAUGGAUGUCGAACGGGCCCAUUACUGCGUCACCUGGUGGAGCACUCUAGGAGGGCGAGAGCUCAUUCUGUAUGGGGCCGAACCCGGCGAGAAUCCCGAGCCCGACGACGCCCAGGGCGCUUACAUGAGUGGAGCCAUUGGCGGUGUCGCGCGAGAGAGCAAGCUCUAGCCCUUCUUUUAUUCUGUCUUUGUAUAUACGGAUUUUCCGAGCAUGGGUCACGAUAGCACGGCGUUUGGAGCCAUGAUACCAUUUAGCGAUGACAAUUUAUCCAUCUUGCUGUACAGAGUAUUGCAGUAUAUU